AAGGACCUGUACAAGGAGGCCAUGAUGGAGGAGCACCAGCCUCUUAUAUCACAAGCAGAAAAUUCCCAUAAGAAUUCUGAGGGAAACUUCAUGUUGUCACUAAAUUAUAAAGUAGAAGAUGAAGACAACAUGCAGUGCUCUUCAGGAGAAAACCUUAAUGUACAUCCAGGACUUCACAGUACAGAUCUGUCAUAUAAUCCCCCUGUUCAUGAGGAAUCUUCUGACCAAUCACAGAUUGCUACCACAAGGGCUGGUCAGAAAGGGGGUGAAAGGUUUCAAGAGAUCACAAAAAGAUCAAGUCUUUCUACAGACAGAAGAAUUCGCACACGGGAGAAGCCGUUUUCAUGUCCAAAAUGUGGGAAAUAUUUUGCAUAUAAAUCGGAGCUUGUUCGGCAUGAGAGAAGUCACACAGGAGAGAAGCCGUAUUCAUGUUCAGAAUGUGGGAAAUGUUUUACAGUUAGACAAACUCUUGUUAAACAUGUGAUACGUCAUAGAGGAGAGAAGCCGCAUUCAUGUUCAGAAUGUGGGAGAUGUUUUAGUGAGAACUCAAGUCUUGUUAAACAUAAGAGAAUUCAUACAGGAGAGAAACCGUAUUCAUGUUCAGAAUGUGGGAAAUAAAUCAAAUCUUGUUACACAUCA